AUGGCUCCUAGCAUAACAGUGGUCCUUAAUCCGCCAAGUAAUGGCGAAUUUUAUACUCUGGAGGAUAUCGUUUCCGGUGAAUUGAUUUUAGAGCUGGACAAGCCGCUGUCUAUUCGGGAAAUAGUUGUCGAGCUCAAUGGCAGCUCCGAGACCCUGGUAAGACCUGGCGACCACUUGCAAAAUGGCACUAAAACUAGUCUUCAGGUACCGCUGGAAGACAGUCAGUCUCUCCAUAAGCUUGUCGUCAUCCAACAAUCAGUAUUCCCACCGCAAAACGUUAAAACUGCCAUCAACGGGUCCAAGAAACCUUUCAAAGUAGAACGAGGUACCUACACAUUCCCCUUCGAAUUCCGGUUUCCUGAUGCCCCACAAUGUAUUUUGACACAUCCCGAGAAUGUAAAAACGUAUCUGAAAGGCCGCCAAGGUGUCAGGCUGCCGCCCAGCUUUAAUAAUGCAUUAGACACCAAUAAGCUAUCAAACCUGGACGCCUACUUCUAUUCUUUGGGUAAAAUUGAGUACCACGUUGAAGCCACGGUGCUCACUGGUGGUGAAGAAACAUGGUUCAAGCCUUUCAGAAACUAUCCUGCCUUAAAAACUACUCUCGAGGUGAUACCCUCGAACUUAGCGCAAGACGAGCUAGAUGAUAUAUUGGAAAAUGGAGCCAACUUUCCUUUGAAAGUUUUUCAGUCAAAGUUCGACGUAACGUUUGAAGACGAUGACUUGAGGCUUUGGGCUGAAAUACGAUCCAAUCAGUUGCGUUCCGUUUACAGACUGGACUACCUCUUUCGUCGGGGUUGUAACAAGUUUGAUCAAGUUUACGUACUAAUGUCAUCGCCCCUUCCAAAAGAUUCAGAUUUAAGGGUGGUCAGUGUGGACUUGAACUUAAUAGAAUACGUCACGUAUCUGUCGGGCGGUCGCUCAAACGCUAAUCUCAACAGCUUGCGGCUUGCAAGGAGUGCCACAGAUUAUAAAGUUGAUCUCUCAAAAUGCUCUACAACCGGUGAUGGGUUCACAGAGUGCCGUAUUGACCUAGCUGACAUAAACCCACUCAAAAAAGUACGUUUUAAUGAGGAAGACUAUCGCCACAAGGGAAAUCGCUUGUACAGUUUUACCUCGUGCAAUGUACGACGACUCUUCAAAUUCCAGUUGUUUUUGCGCAUGUCGCUCAACAAUGUGGACAAUUUUCAAUUUGAAGUACUUACGAAUUUUACUAAUAUAUUCUGUGAAUCAGUCAAUGUCGAGGAUGAACCUCCCGCAUACAUGGACGAAGAACAGCUUCCGCGGUACGAAUGA